UGCCGGCUUUCUGCUCACACCUAGGAUGGCCACCUGAGAAUGGGACUCUUGUUCUGUGUUUGUGGAGACAUUCCUCGGGGCCGUGUGACUGCCGGCUUUUUACACCCCGACUGCCAUGGGGGUCAUCUGGACCCGAAGCCAGCUUCAGGAAGGGCAUUCGCAGCAUCCUCAGCCCAAGGAAAGCGAACGUCCAGCUGGAGAGAGGAGAAGCCCUAGAAGUGAUAUAGGCUCUGGCUGGGGGAACCGAUGUGCUCGUGUCGCGGCGUGGGGUUUGGUGAGGAACAACCAGAGCGCUCUUGCAUUUUGCAUGAGGAAGACCACACAGUUGGCCUCAUUCCUGCACAGUGGGAGAAUGUGUGGAGGUGUCCUGCUGCCAGAGAGGAGGCCUGUGUCAGCACCAUCACCAGCAUCCAGGCUACCUACAAGAGGAGGCAGGAGGACUCCUCUGCCACACCUGGGGAGGUCUCGUCAAUGGCAGGUUCCCUCUACAAUGCUUUCUCUGCUACAAAUGCAACUCAGCAUCACCUCUUUCCUGGAUAUAAUUCCAAGGAAUUAUUAAAGGAGGCAUUGGUGUCAGCACCUCGUGAAAUACUUGUAAGGA